GUCAAGGGCGAGUCCGUGUGGUUCUAAUGGCCUCGAUUCACGUUAAGUCUGUGAAAUGUUCGCGUGCGUAGCGGUGAUCAGUUUCGCGGUACUUUUGGGAGUGGGCGACAGUGCGAAGAUCUUGGGCGUCGUCCCAACACCCUCCAUCAGUCACCAGGUGGUAUUCCAACCGUUUUUCAGGGAGUUAUCGCUCCGAGGACAUGAAGUUACAGCGCUUACGACCGAUCCAAUGAGAGAUCCCAAGCUCUCCAACCUGACCGAGAUUGAUCUGCACUUCUCGUACCGAAUAUGGAACGAGCACAUCAUGAAGAACGCGCUGAAGUUCAAGACCAACCCCAUUGGAGCGACUAUCGAUUUUUACAAAAGUACAAUCGACAUACAAGACGAACAGUUGCGACAUCCAAGCGUGCAGGCCCUGAUCAGGGGCGAAGAGAAAUUUGACCUCAUAAUCAUCGAGUCGAUUAUGCCGGCACUCUUCGGAUUUGUGCACAAAUUCAAGUGCCCCUACAUCAUGAUGUUCUCCCAGGAAGCGCCGAGCGAUUAUUACAAACUGAUGGGCAAUCCCACCCAUCCCAUUCUGUAUCCCGAUGCGAUAUUUCAAUACGAUCAACAGUUGCCAUUCCCGCAAAGGCUCCUAGCCGUACUCACGAUGCCCUUGUUUCCGCUCUUUGCGCGCUACAUUUUCAGCAUGCACGACCACCUGGUGCAAAAUCACUUUGGCGAUGACUACCCGAGCAUCGUCGAGCUCAUGUCGAAACCCGACAUGCUCUUCGUCCACACCGACCAGAUCUUCCACAAGGUGCGACCUCUCGUUCCCACCGUAAUCCAAAUCGGCGGAGGAUCACACAUGAGACCUAUAAAACCUCUACCUUCAGAGUUGAAGAACAAACUGGACAACGCGGAGCACGGAUUCGUAUACUUCAGCCUGGGCUCGAACGUUAAAAGCAAAGAUCUUCCGCCCGAACUGCUCGGCACGAUACUGUCGACCUUCGCCGAAUUACCCUACACCAUCCUAUGGAAAUUCGAAGGGGCCCACCUCGACGGAUUAUCCGACAACGUAAUCACCUCGCCCUGGUUGCCUCAGCAGGACGUCUUACGACAUCCGAACAUCAAACUGUUCAUAACCCAGGGCGGGCUGCAGUCGCUGGAGGAGGCGAUGUAUUCCGGCGUUCCGAUUCUUGGUGUGCCAUUUUACGGAGACCAAACGGGGAACGUGAAGCGAAUGGAGAUUGGAGGCACCGGGUUGAUCGUCGAUUACGCGACGGUGACGAAGGAUGAAUUUAAGGCAAAAAUUUUGGAGGUGGCCCAAAAUACGAGGUUUCGAAACAAAGCGAAAGAGCUGGCGGCUUUGGCCCAAGACCAACCGAUGACUGGACUGGAACGAGCCGUCUGGUGGACCGAGUACGUGAUACGCCACAAGGGAGCAUCACACCUACGCAGCCCUCUGUUGGACGUACCUUGGUAUCAAUAUCUGCUUCUGGAUGUACUUGCUGUGAUAGCGAGUGUGAUGGUGAUUGUUGGUCUUCUUGUGUUUUACAUCGUUCGAUGGUUCAUUGGUUUGCUAACCUGCCGAAGGAAGAAAAACGAAAAAAAAAUUCAAUAGAAUUAUUUAUCACUGGUUCGUCUAUCUGUCUGUCUGAUCCAAAUAAAACCAAAAACAGUU